ACAAACUGUGCAUAACAAUAAUCAACUCAUGAUUGUCACAAUGGUUGACACAAGCAAACUGCAAAAAAUCGCCUGUGAAAGUAUCGAAAAUGCAUCAGGAGAACUUCAUAAGCUCUCACAGGAAAUAUGGAAUCAUCCUGAAACGUGUUACGAAGAAAAAUUUGCCCAUAAAUAUCUCACGGAUUUUCUGAAAGAAAAGGGAUUUAAAGUACAACCUGAUAUUGGAGAUUUAGGAACAGCAUUCAGGGCAGAGUACAAUUGCGAUGUAAAAGGACCUCGCGUUGGUGUGAUUUGUGAAUAUGAUGCUUUACCCGAAAUUAAUCAUGCAUGUGGACAUAAUCUGAUUGCUGAAGCUGGUGUAGCAGCAGCCUUGGGUAUAAAAGCAGCAAUCAAUGCAACAAGCAACACUUUGGGUGGACUUGUUGUGCUGGGAACUCCUGCUGAGGAAGGUGGUGGAGGAAAAAUAUUUAUGAUCAACGAAGGAUGCUUUGCUGACAUUGACUUCUGUAUGAUGGUUCAUCCAACAGCCUUUAAUUCAGCGGCGCCUUUGGUUCUUGGCUGUCAUCAUCUUGACAUCACAUAUACUGGUCAUUCAGCACAUGCAGCUGCAUUUCCAUGGGAAGGAAUAAAUGCUUUAGAUGCAGGUGUUGCAUGUUACACAUCAUUGAGCAUGAUGCGUCAACAAAUGAAACCAACAUGGCGUGUACAUGGAGUCUUUAAACAUGGUGGAGUAAAGCCAAACAUUAUUCCAGAGAAAUGUGUGCUUAAAUAUUACUUUCGAGCUCCCAAUAACAAUGAACUUGAUGAUUUGUUAUUGAAAGCAAAAGGAUGCUGGGAAGGAGCUGCACAAGCCACUGGAUGUUCAGUGAAGAUCCAAUCUUAUAAUUUUGGCAAAAAAGAGGAAUUUUAUUGUGCUAUGAAGCAUAAUAAAAUUUUAUCAAAUCUUUAUCAACAACAUGCAGAAUCUUUUGGGAUAAAAUUUCUUCCUAACGGGAUUGCCGAAGCCACACUCCUUGGUUCAACAGACAUGGCAAAUGUUUCUCUUGUGACGCCAUCAAUUCAUCCUGCAUUUACUAUAAAUACCUCUGCAGCUAUACAUACACGAGAGUUCAAUAAAGCUGCAGGUAGUCCAGAAGCUCAAUCUUAUACACGGAUAGCGGGUAAGUCAAUGGCUAUGACUAGCAUAGAUGUUAUGGCCAAACCAGAGUUGAUGGAAGCUGUAGUUGCUGAAUUUAACCAGGUUUAAUAAACAAGAUGAUGCCUAGGAUAAAUCCUCAUAAUUAUUUUAAUAUAAUAAAUAUAGUCAAUUGAAAGGUGUGCAUCACCUAACAAUUAUAAAAAUCCAUAACUUUCAUAAGUUAUUAUUUUAAUCAAAUUAUAUAUUUAUUCAAUUCUGAUGGUUAGUAAUAGGUAUUGAAUAAUUAGCAUUACCAGAAUACUAUCACAAUGAUAAUAUUAUAGAAUAGUACCAAAAUAACACAACCAUAAUAAUAAGUAACAGGAUUGUACUACAAUAAAACCAAAUACUUGUUUUUUGUAGCAUGAAUGGAAAAGAAUACAAAAUGAAUAUAAUUUUGAUAAAUUGGUUGCA